UUCUUUUCAUGUGUUUACUUUGUUGAGUAUUGGAAUAAAAUGUGUCUCAAGUGUCAAUGCCAUUUCAACUGUUAAUCACAAUUUUUUGUUGACGAGUUGAAAACUAACCAGCAUUCCACCAUCUUCAACUGAGUUGCCUUGUAGUAUUUCACAAUGGUAUUUGCUUUAAAAUCAUUAAAUAAUUUUCCCAUCAAAAUUUGCUUUGAUUUCCCUGUUGAAAUGAUUCCUGGAACUAGCUGUAGCAAAUACACCUUCUUUUUGGCAAAAAUGGAAAAAGUCCAUGUAAAAUGUUGAGAUGCAUGCAUGUCUUUCAAUUUACAUUCUUUUUCCACUCAGAUCAGAGGAUAUAUCAUUGCAAAGACAUUGUAGUUGUUAUCAUUCUCCAAAUUCAUUGUGUUAUUGAGAGGUAGUACGUGUUCCAGGAUUGGAAGAAGGAAUCAAAUUUCAAUACUUACCAUGAUCUGAAGACUAGGACUCCAGAAAGAUAAAUGACACCGUGUAAAGUUUGAUGGCAUUAAUCACCCCUUGCUGGAACUUUGGGAACAUGAGUGAGGCAUAAAAAAUCGGGAUCAAUGUUCGGGCAUACUGUCCUAUUGGUAAGGCUGAUCAAGGGAAGUUUGCUUUGGAUGUCACUGUAAAGACACUUGAUAUGUAUACAGAGAGGCACUUCUCAAUGCCUUACCCACUCCCUAAACUGGAUAUGGCUGCAGUCCCAUAUUUCUCUGGUUGUGCUAAGGAGAAUUUUGGCUUGAUCAUAUUUUGUGAAAUUGAACUGCUUCAUCAUGAAUUGCAUUCUGGAGCUUCCUGCAAGCAGUGGUCUGAUCUGUUAGUUUCCAGAAUGGAAUAUUUGGACUCAGUUUCUUCAACAAAUCGCUGGUGGACUACAUCCCAAUGCACUAGAACAAUCGCACCCAAUCAAGGUACAUAUCACCCAAGGUGACUGACGAAAAGGCCGUCAUAAUUUCAUUGGUUACAACUGAUGAACCAGUAAACUGCUGUUCAGAGAGGAAAUAACAUUUUAGUGCCAAGGGCAAUGUGACGAACUACACACUUUACAAGUAUAUAUCUGGCUAUAUCCAUCAUUGCAUUAUUGAUGGCCUUGAGGUAAAUAUUUAUUAAAUUAUAAAAUUACUUGUGUCAUGAAUGUCCAGUUUUCUGCACCUUCACUCUAUUGCCAUGACAAUUUCCUGCUGAAAAUUUGGGUGAUAAGUAAGAUAGGGGUGUUGAUUUAUUAUUGUGCUAAGACAAUUAUGGACAGAGAUCGAUGUCCUUGAUGGCUCAAACCACUGUUCAUACUUCUUCCUUUGGGGACGUUGUUUGUCAUAACCUCUGAUAUAAGUUUCCAAAUUUGUUAGAUAUUAUAAUAAAUUAAAGAAUUUGUAGUAUAUUGAGCUUUUACUGUUUUAAAUUUUGAACAACCUUCUCAUU